AUGGUGCUGCUACCGAUCUCCACCGCUGUGAUGAGCCGCCUCUCCUCCCCCGGCACACUUCCCCGCUGCUACGCUGAGGUCAUGCGGCACCUUGGGAAGCUGAACGCGCAGAGCCUUGUUUUCCUGGUGCCGAUGAUCGUGCACUUGCGGUACCACGAGCGCGAGGGCGUGGUCGACAAGCUCAACGCCUUCUUCAAGGGCAAGCUGCGCAGGUACAGGAACCCAGAAGUCCUGUUGCACUCCGGCAUGCCUCUGCUGUUGAACGACCUUCUGAAGACAACCACGUUGGCCAAGUGGCUCUGCCGCCUGCACGACCUGCAGCUGCUGUCUGCCCCCCCGGCCGGCGCUCCGCGGAGCGGCGGGGCGCCGGCGCCCCCGACGCCCGGCCGUUCCACCGGGACGCCGCCGAGCCAGGCGCGGCGUGUCGCCGAGAGCCUGGAGGCGGCGAAGCUGGCGGAGCUGCAUCUGCGCCACGAGAACCCCUCCGCCUUCGCGGCGCUCCCGCCAGAGGCGCUGCAUUUGCUGGACACCGCCCGCAGGACCCCGCUCGAGCCCCCGGAUGACCACCGCAUGCCAGAGUUGUCGUUCGUGUUCGCGGAGCUGGGCCGUCUGUUCCGCGCUUCCAGGCUGCUGCUGCACCCUGCCAUAUGCGGCCCCUACCUGCUGGACUUGUCGGAUCCACUGGGCCGCGUGGUCGUCGAGUGGGACGCAAACUG